UUCAUUCAUCACACUUCAUUGAACUCGUUUUUCCCUCAUUCGCUCUCUCUUUUUCUUUCUCUUGAAGCUAGUUAUCCAUCUUAAAUUCACUACAACCAAAAAUUGGGUUUUGUUAUAAACAUUGUCCUUAACCCCAUUUGUGUUAAACUUUUUCUCUCAUAAAGCUCCAAACAUCCUUAUCGUUUUCUCAAUCCAAUUCCAAAUCCAAACCGGGACUCCCCUGUUUUUCCUCUGUCCCGGUUCCUUGUUUAAAUUGUGGCCAACAAAAUGUCCACGAGUGUCUGUCAAGGGCUGCAAUCGUGCCUGGAGCCUGCCCUAGCCGAACCCAAAGUUCUAAGGCUAAAGCUGGCUCUUCCAAAGUCCAACCUAGCCCCAUCAUCACCGCCGGUGCCCAAACCCAAUAACCCUGAACCUAAGCAAACUGAUGGAAACGACAACAAAAACGUUGGCGCUAAUGGCGGGUGGAAUUUUCUCCAAGUUCUUUCCAAUACCAAAAACGACACUAAAACAGAUGACAAAGUGUAUGUUCAUCCUAUGGUUAAGCGCUCCUCUGCGAUGCUCACCGCCAAGAGCUUGGAAAUGUGCACCGAAGGCUUAGGCAGCGAGACCGGUAGCGACUCAGGUGACAGCAGUGGAGACGAAAUGUCUUUACUGUCGUCGUCGUCCUCGCCAUUAUCGUCGGUAAAGGGCAAGAAAUCUGUUGGGACGCAGGCUGCGAAGAGGUAUCGUAAUUGGAGCUCUAGCUUCCCACCACCAUUAACCUCCGUGAGUGGCUCUUCAGGUUUUCAGGUUAGACCUCACAGAGAAGAUGGACGCCUUGUUUUGAGAGCCGUCAUUGUACCUUCUACUAGGAGUUUUUUCCAUGCCGAGCGAACCGACGGCAGGCUCACACUCCGAUUGAUGAGCUCUGAACCCGUAGAGGAGGAGAAGGAGGUGGAAGAAGAAGAAGAAGCAGCAGCAGAAGAAGAUAUUGAUGAGGUUGAAACUGAGACUGAAAUUGAAGGAGAAGAAGAGAACAUUGAUGAAGAUAGUAUAACAAAUGUUUCUUUUUGGAGUGGAGACAUGGAUGAUAAUAAUGAGAAUAAUAAUGCUGAGGACGAAAUGGUUAAUGGGAAGCUUCGCAGACCAAUUAGUAGGUGCAAAGAAGAUGGGCGUGGGGAGAGAGUUUUGAUGAACUGGGAGGCGCCGUUUUUGGUGGCUUCUUGAAGAGCUUCUGAUUUACUAUUACCUAGCUUAUUAUGAUUAGGAUUAGUAGUAUUAAUUAAAAAGUUAGAACUAUUAUUAUUAUUAUGAUGAUGAUGAUUAUGAUGAUAGUUAUUAAUCAAGCUUUUGUUUCUGCUGCUAGUGGGUUCCUUUUCUUUAAAUAUAUAUUAGAUCAUUCUAUUUUGAAA